AUGACCAGGGCACACCCCAACACGUUUCCCCACGAUUGUACCUACCAAGGACCAGGGCCAAUCUAUCUCCACGCCAGUGUCUUUAUCGCAGCCCUCGAUUUCGAGCUUGACUUCGCGCCAUGCGCCCCGCACCGCAAUAGAGAGCCCAUGCGACAACGGCACGACAGGAGACGACGACACAACACAACACAACACAACACAACACGAUACGAGCACGGCCCGUUGACCACCGUCAUGUAUCGUCGGUCGGACCCGCGCUGGAACCGGACGUUGCAGCACCUCAGCGAGAAUCUUGAGCACGCAAACGAGUCUGCGCAAGAGAAUCUCUACGGCUUCACGCAGCGCUAUGUAAACCCCUGCCUGGCUUCCAUGACGCACUGUGUGCAGACGUGCACCGCGCCCUGUUUGCCCCGACACAACGACCGCCGGCGCCGGCAUCGCGGCCGCUCGCGUGGCCGUGCCGAGUCCAGCUUCGACUUCUACGACGAUUGGGACGAUGAGGAGAGCGACGGACUGCUGGGCUGGGGCAGCGACAGCCUCGACCGUUUCCUCGCCAGCGCAGGCAGCUAUGGCAGUUACCCCAAUUACCCCAACUACGGCGCCACCACCACCACCACCACCCAGCCCACACGCCAGCCGGCCAUGGGCUAUUGCGCCCGCAGUCGCGACCCACGGUACAGCACUCCGCGUCGCAAGAGCACUGCCCUUCAGCGCGAGGCUGGCCAGGAUCCCACCAUCAUCCCAAGCUCCUCCUACUUUGGCUUCCUUGGCCGCCUGCCCUGGCGCAUUCGUGCCAAGGGGCUGCGCUACAAGCCCUCGGCCGCAGACCUGACAGACCAUCCUGGUGCCAUGCGCAGUGCGCGUGGUGAGGACCAGCCGCUGUUGGAGGCCAUCGACGACGAAGACGAAGAUGAGGGGGCCGACGAGGCCAAGCGCCAUCGUAGACAGCGGAGCGACACACGCACAUCCGGCCAUACGACUGACUCCCUCAGCUCGCGCGGUGACAUCUUCCCCAGCGAAGACGAGCUCGAAGACGCCGUGCCCCUGGACGACGAGUUCACUAUUGCACUCGAGCGGCGCACUACAGGGCAGUGGAAUGAGGCCAGCUCCAGCACCAGCAAGCGGCCCUCAGUUUCGCAAGUGUCGACACCGCAAGCCAUUGAGCAGGCGCAUACACUGCCAACAAUCGAACAGCAGCAAGAAGACGUGCAGUUGGGCGAGGACGCAGACAUCCGGGGCAAACACCAGAGCGCUCAGCAACCCGCACAUGGACGGGGACUGACGCCUGAACAAACUCCACGUGAACAAACGCCUUCCAGCAAGCCUAGAACAGCAGAAACAUCAUCGCCACAUCCGCAAUUCCAGAUGACCACUGUAGAUUCAACAGUCUAUCCAUUACUGCCAUCCCCCACUGGUAACAUGGCUACGCCUGCCGACGUCGAUCGGGUUCCCAGUAUUGUUGAUGCUCAAACGAUGCCUGAGAGCAGUUCCUUUUACGUGGACGAGUCAGACUAUUCGAGCAUGGUGCCCACUCCCGUCCGGCCGUCCUCUAUCAAUGAACCGGAUCAGAGCAACAUGCCUGCAUCUGCUAAUGACCAAGAUUUUGUGCCUGCAAGGCUACCGUUCUUCGGGGCAGGGUGA